AUCAAUCUGCGGCUGAUCAAUUCGCUAUGCCAAAAGUGCACGUGGGCUUCGUUGCCAUCUUGAUGACUGCUUUCCCAUUAUGUGGAACUGCGAUAACUGGUGAAAUAAAUACUAAGAGCUCCUCCAAUUCAAGGGAGUGUUCUACCCCACUAAUGGAAGAAGUAAGGUUUUGUGGAAACUUGAGGAUAUGGAGAUAUUUCUUCAACAGAACUUCCCGCCAGUGUCAGCAAUUCAUGUGGGAUAAUUGCCUCAACGAUGGUGUCCAUGGAACACGUGGUGGCUGUGCUAGGAGGUGCAACCUCAAUGAACCUCUCGGAAUUUGCGCUGAUCACCCAGCAGGCACUUGCAAGACGUAUCCACCAACUUCUGAGUAUUACCCUAGGAAGAGUUUCUUUUACAAUUCAACAUCCCGAAGAUGUGAAGAAUAUCAAGUGUGCAUGUCUACGGGUUAUAUUCUUCACCAAAACUCAUUUCCCUCUAAAACGCUGUGCAUUAUGCACUGCCGUGGCCUACCAAUUCUCCGAAAUUCAGGAAAAGGCAAGUAA